AUGGACCUCGAUCCACGGCUGCGACCCGGUGGCGAUGGAGGAGAGCUGGGCUCCUCCACCGCGACUAGGGUCGUGAGCAAUGCGUCGUCGGCCGUCGACCAGCAGCUCCAAGCAGCGGCGCGCCGUGGCAGCGGUCGAGAUAACGCCGACACGCCGUCGACCGUGGGCAGCACGCCGGGCCAGCAUCACCAGUUCGACUACGCGGAUGCCGGCGGCGGAGGCGGCGGUUCGGUGGCGGCCGGAAGCUCCAUCGGCGGCGACGCUGAUGGAAACGGCGACGGCAAGAAGUCGCGGGCGUGCGAGGCCUGUCGAGGACUCAAGGUCAAGUGCGAGCCCGAUCCCGUCGAGGGCGAGCCGUGCAAGCGGUGCAGAAAGGCCGGCCGGAGCUGCGUCGUCACGGCGCCGACCAGGAAGCGGCAGAAGAAGACGGACAGCCGCGUGUCGGAGCUGGAGAAGAAGAUUGACGCCCUGACGGCGAGCUUGCAUGCGCGGGCGGGUGCUCCAGGCACGUCUGCCGCUGGACAGCAACAGCACCAACAACAGCACCAGCACCAGCAUCAACACCAGGCUGAAGCAGUCGGUAGCGUAUAUCCUUCAAGCUGGAGCAGUGCAGCAACGGCAGGGACAGCAGCAGCAGGAGGAGGAGGAGCUGGCGUAGCGAGGACGUGGGGAGGCAUGGCGGGAGGCAUGGCGGCAUCACCGAUGAUGCAGACGGCAUCGACUCCGCCAACACGGACGCCCCAGGACGAGUCAUCAGCGUUCCAGCCGCCGAUUGUCAUGGCUGGGCAGAAGAGAAAGGCCACGGAUCGAGACAGCGUCAGCGAGGACCCCAAAGCCAUGACGCCGUCAGUGAGCUGGUCGGGCUUCUCCAGGCCUACCGAAGGCGACAUUGUCGACCGCGGCAUCAUUACGAUGGAACAGGCCGCGGGGCUGUUCAACAAGUACAAGGAGCACAUGGUGAGACACCUGCCGGCUGUUGUGUUCCCACAUAGUGCGACGGUCAUGGAGCUGCGCAAGACGAAGCCAACGCUGUUUCUGGCCAUCAUGGCCGCCGCCACGGGCGAGAACCACUCGAUCCAGCGAGUCUUGCAAAAGGAGCUGAUGCAGCUCUUUGCCGAAAAGGUCAUUGUCACGGGCGAGAAGAACCUGGAGCUGGUGCAGGCGAUCCACGUCGCCGUCAUCUGGUACUGGCCGCCGGAGCACUUUGAGGAGCUCAAGUUCUAUCAGCUCGUCCACAUGGCCGCCGUCAUGGCCAUUGACAUUGGCCUCGGAAGGAAAAACACGUCGAAACGCGGGCCGCCGCCUUUUCGCCGCAAUCCGCCUCCCGAUCCUUCCAGCAUCGAGUGCCGCCGGACGUGGCUGACCUGCUUCUUCCUGGCCUUGAAUACGUCCAUGUCGUUGCACCGGCCAAACCUGAUUCGAUGGACGCCCUUUAUGACGGAGAGCUUGGAGAUACUAGAGUCGUCGCCCGAUGCCGCGCCGACGGACAAGUACUUCUCUCACUUGGUGUGGACUCAUCGUCUGGCGGAGGAGGUUGGCGAGCAGUUUUCCCUAGAUGACCCGUCGAGCUUGGUCAACAUUACAGAUGCAAGGACGCAGUAUGCGUUGAGAGCCCUGGAGCGGGAUCUCGACAAGUACAUUGCGUCGGUUGCCAAGAACAUGAUGCAGCCUACUCUGCGUCUUAAUUUCAAUGUAGUCAAUCUCUAUAUGCACGAAAUGGCUCUCCACUCGGAGACACUGUCUGACCAGUGGCGGCCGCCUUUCAACACAGAAGCCCUUAAAGAUGGCAUUGUCAAUUCCGAGCCCCUUUCGGCCGCACAUAUCAAUGCGCUUUCGGCGUGCCUGACAGCAAUUGACGGUAUUCUCAACACAUUUUUGUCCAUGGACGUCCUCAGCAUUCGCUGCCUGCCUGUGUUUAAUUUCAUGCGAGUGGCAUACGCUGUCGUCAUUUUGAUCAAGAUGUACUUUUCAGCUUCGAGCCCAGGCUCAGAAAUGGGCAGGGUUAUCCAUAAAGACAACAUGCGUGUUGAAUACUACCUCGAAACUUUGCUUGACAAGUUUCGAGCUACAGCGGCAGACAACAAGUGUCGCCCUGCGGCCAAGUUCCUCGUUGUGCUGGCUAUGCUUCGCAGCUGGUUCUUUAAGCAGGGCAAGGGAGAGGGCAUGGCGACUUCUUCUGACGAUGGCAGCGGUGCUGCUGCUGCUAAUACCAGUACUACCCCCAACACCGCCGCUCUUUCUACUGCUUCGCCGCAACAGAGGCAGUAUUCGGCCCAAGGGACACAACAGCAACAACAGUUACAACAGCAACUACAGCAGCAGCAGCAAUUACAGCAGCAACACCAACAACCAGCCGCCAACACUCCCCUCCAGCUGCUCUCCGAAGUUGCAACUACAGGAAGAGACGCCAGCAGCGCCACUCACAUCUUUGCCAACCUCAGCGGCACCGGCCGGUCGAUCCAGCAACCAUUCUUCCACGAUUCCGUCUCCUCGACCGGCACCCCUCCCACAUCAUCCACCGCGAAUUCCUCCUCCAUGCCUCAAAUGCCGCCGGGCCCUUCUCCCGCAUCCACAGACCUCGACUCCGCCAUGGCGCCUGCGUUCCCGCCCUGGAUGUCCGUCACGCAGCCCAUGGUGCCCAACGAGCUGGACAUGGGAUCCAUGCCUGCGAAUUUCGACAUUGAGGGCUUGAAUCUUGCUGCGGCGGAUCUCCAGGACGUAUAUGAGAGUGGGGCCAAGAUUGUCAUGAACGAGCCUUGGUUCAUGGAUGCGUUCCAGGGACUCCCUGAUCCCAAUCUUUUCCCUUUUUAAUAUAAGUAAAAAGG